CGGUUUGGCGCGUUCCGCCGCAGGUGAGAAUCAGGUGCCUCCCUUUCUUCUCCAUCGAACUCGAAAAAGCCUAAUAAUUUCUCUGCAACUUUGCCCUAGCUCUCAUUGUUUAUCUUUGAUCUUCUCCCCACGAUUGCCUGCAUCUGCAUGCAUUUUGUUUCUCUGAAGUUUACUAGAUUGUUAGAGGGAACUUGGAAAAUGGAAAUCGAUUCAUUACUAAGGAGAGUUGAAUAGAGAUCUGUUCCAGAUGUCCACCUUUGGUUUCUGCUACUCAUAAGAAUGCUAGGACAAGAGAGAGUGGACCAAACCAAUAAUUAAGGAGAGCUGGAUUUAUUUUGUACCACAUCCCCAUUGUGCUCGGUUGUACCACUGCAGUACUUGGAUUGAAGGGUUGAUUAACAGUUUGCUACGAGUUUUGUGUAUAAGAGGUUUCUUUCAGAGCUAAUUGAGGAUUAAAGUAGACUACAGACUGAGUAGAUGUUUUUAUUUAAGCUACAGACUGACUCCUCAGGAUAUAUUCUAUGCUGCUAUGUAUGUUUCAUGGAAUAUACCUGGAUUAAUAUGGACAAGAAAAGAAUUUAAGGAUCUGCUCCAGAAAAAUGUCUACCUUUAAUCCUCAGCUCUAUCUGGUGUCUCGUAAGUUUGCUGCUCAGGUUGGCUUAAUUGGAGAUUGAUAGGGACAUGCGAGCUAUCUCCAGAGUCAAAACCAUAUUGAGUGAAGGCGUCUGCAUUUGAGGUACUUACAUCCCUUGUGCUAUAAACCUGGGACACGAACCAUCAUUUUCAAGCUCAGUCAAAUUUAUAGUUGAUUAAGUCAUCUUACGAUGUAAUUUGAAAGUAAUUUGGUUGGCGAUGUCUUAAGUUAGUGUCAGUGUGUGGAAUACCUUCUUGUAUAAUUCCAUGUUUUCUUGACGGAUGUGAUUAACCUUCUUGUGUAGUUCCACAUUUUCCUGAUGGAUGAGGUUCCCCUGUAAAGAAGCAAGUGCCAAAUAGAUAUUAGAACUGAAGAUAUUGUGAAGUUAUAAUUGUGACAUUUAAAAGGAAUUUACCCUUUGGUUUAGUUCUUCUAUUUCAUUGUUCAAUAUCUGUUCCUGCAGAAGAUGAAAAGAUAAGCAUGUUAAGAGACGAACACCUCGCAAACUCAUCUCCAGUUGAUUCUCCAGGUUUUGGAGGUCUUUGACACUCAAACCAUACAGCUGCUCUCCCAUCAAUUUUCUGCCUCAUCAGAUUGUAUGUUUUCAGUCCUAUAUCCUUCUUAGUUACUGAAGAUGGUUUUUUGUGUGGUAUCAUGACUGUAUCAUGAGAUGCUUAAUGUAGUGCAUUUUGUGCGAUGAGUAGUGGUUGUGAAAUGUGGACCCUAAAUAACUCUUACAGUCUUAUUACUUUCACGGAUUAUUUGAUUUUAUGCGCCAGCCUUUUUGAAUCCAGGUAUUUAAAUGAUAUGUUCCAAGUUAGAAAGAAGGGUAUGGAGAGUAUUUCUGCUGUCACCUCUCAUUUCCUGUUCAAAAUUAGAUUUUCCCUGUGAUUAUGUAGGCCCAAGUUUUUCAAAUUUUGGAUCAGUAGAAUGGAAACAGGACUCUCUAUGACAUCUAGGAUUGAAGUCUUGGUCAGAAUUGGAUUACAAAGUGUUAUGCUUGUAGCUAUAUGGCUACAUCAUGCAUUAAAGGUACUGACAAUGGGAAGAGCUUCCUUACUAAUAGCUGAAGUGUUUGUUGGGGGUACCUAAUAGGGAGGAGUGCUCAAUUGAGUGAAAGUUGGGAGCUUGGUAAUGUUCAUCUUUGCCUUGCAGGGUUCAACAAAAAUGGCCAUGGGAAAUAGCCCAGGCAAUUAGUGCUUUGUGGGUGUAAUAGCUUCUACAGGGAUAUCUGAAGACCAUCCAUAUGAGACGUUGGAAUCGGCCCCACUGCCUUUUUGGGUUUGGAUUCUGUUACCUGAAUAGCUAUUUCAUGGGUGUGUUAGAAAGCAAAUAGGGUAGACAGAUCACUUGGAUGGAUCUUGGUUACCAUCCUUGUUGAGGAGCUUCUUUUCCUAAUUCCCAUAGAUGAUGCUUGCUACAUGGCUUACAUUAGCUUAUAUGCAUCUUCGAGGUUGUUGUCUUCAGCUUUUUCUUUGUUCGUAAUUUGUCCAUGGCAUGAUAAGGUCUCUUCUAAUCUCUUAUUAUCUGAGUAGCAGUUGGGUUUUGUUCAUGAAAUGCCCAGAGACAUACAUUAGAGCCAAAAUGUGAUUGGUUCUUAGAAUUUUAUCUCAUUGUACAUACUACAUGGGGCAUGCACAAGCUUUCAUUAAGAUCCUUAUACUAGAUAUGUACCAAUUCUUUGGAUUUUAUAGAUUAAUGAACUUUUUCCAUAGUUAAAAGUGUAGGACUGAUUAUAUUAGGUGUAAAUCAUACGCUAAGUUUUGUCAAGUCUUGAUUCGUAAGUUGCACCUUUUAGGAAACGAUUUGGUAGAGGCAAAACAUCAAACAACUAGUUUUUGCCUAGCCGGGUGCUUACAAUUUUUGUAGUGCUUAUUUCUGUGAUACUCUAAACAUAGAAUCUUAAUCAUAUUUCUAAUGCUUGAGUAAAUAGAAGGGAAGAGCUGGAACUCAGUAUUGUGAACAUAUAUAAUAAUUGCACUCAAUUUAACCAACUUUAACCGAAUAUGAAUAUCUUAUGUAAAAAAAUUUGGACCAUGCCAAUGGCAAGUUGGCGAACCUGCUGUGUCUCAUUUCCUU